AGGCACAGUCAACCUUUUGGAGAGCGACGUCACUUCCGCUCUCUUCUCGGCUUAGCAGGGCUGCAGCAUGGCCGACACCGGUGUAGCAGAGACUCUCCUGCGGCGGCUGGAGAAGGCGGACGACGGCGUGGACAGCGUGGAGGUGUCGGGCAGCCUCGGGGUGGACCACCAGCUCGUCGUCGGAGCGGUGAAGAGCCUGCAGGCCCUCGGAGAUAUCAUCUCAGCAGAGUUGCGCUCCUCCAAACACUGGGAGCUGACCGGGGAGGGCAAGGAGAUCGCUGAGCAGGGCAGCCAUGAGGCCCGGGUCUUCUCCUCCGUCCCAGCCGAGGGCCUGGCCCAGACUGAGCUCAUGAAACUAGCCUUUGGGAAGGUCGGUUUCAGCAAAGCCAUGUCUAACAAGUGGAUCCGAGUGGACAAGGCACAUGAGGGUGGCCCGAGGAUAUUCAAGGCAAUCGAAAGCAUAGAGGACCAGGUCAGAGAGAAGCUGCUCCUGGUACAGAAAGGCCAGGCAUCUCAACUGGAGGAGAAGGAGAAGAAUGAGCUGAAGAAGAGAAAACUGCUCUCUGAAGUGACAGUGAAGUCUUACUGGAUCACUAAGGGCGACUCUUUCAGCACCACCAUCACCAAACAGGAGACGGAGCUCACUCCAGAGAUGAUUGCCAGUGGUAGCUGGAAAGAGAAGAAAUUUAAGCCUUAUAACUUUGAGGCAAUGGGCGUCGCCCCUGACUGUGGCCACCUGCAUCCGCUGAUGAAGGUGCGAACACAGUUCAGGCAGAUCUUCCUGGAGAUGGGUUUCACUGAGAUGCCAACCAACAACUUCAUAGAGAGCUCCUUCUGGAACUUUGACUCCCUUUUCCAGCCCCAGCAGCACCCCGCCAGAGACCAGCACGACACCUUCUUCCUGUCCGACCCAGCUCUGGCCCACCAGUUCCCACAGGAUUACCUAGAGAGAGUGAGGAAGGUCCACUCAGAGGGAGGCUAUGGUUCACAAGGGUACAAGUAUGACUGGAAGAUAGAGGAGGCACAGAAGAACAUCCUCCGCACACACACUACAGCUGUCAGUGCACGCAUGUUGUAUAAACUUGCACAGCAGGAGAAAUUCACCCCCGUCAGAUACUUCUCCAUUGACAGAGUGUUCAGGAACGAGACGCUGGAUGCCACCCAUCUGGCUGAGUUCCACCAGAUCGAGGGAGUGGUGGCCGACUAUGGACUAACUCUGGGAGACCUCAUGGGUGUCUUGCAUCAGUUCUUCACCAAACUAGGAAUCACCAAGCUACGCUUCAAGCCUGCCUACAACCCGUACACAGAGCCCAGCAUGGAAGUGUUCAGCUACCAUGAAGGGCUCAAGAAGUGGGUGGAAGUUGGAAACUCAGGUGUCUUCAGACCAGAGAUGCUGCUGCCCAUGGGUCUUCCUGAGGAUGUGUCUGUCAUUGCCUGGGGGCUGUCUCUGGAGAGGCCCACCAUGAUUAAAUACGGCAUCAACAACAUCAGGGAGCUGGUGGGACACAAGGUGAACCUACAGAUGGUCUACGACAGUCCCAUAUGUCGACUGGACUCUUGAAUUCCACUCAGCCAUACAUCUUUUUUUAUCGGAUGGACCUACUUUACCUUUUACCAUGCAACAUCUUGAGAAACCCCUCGACUUUCUGGUUACAAUAUGAAGUUUUAUCCUCAAUCCCAGCUCGGCCAGUUCCACCAAAUUUGUCUGACGGAGUAUUGGAGGGAUGUUUCUCCUUACAGCAUCUCAGACAGAUUACAAUGCACUAAAGGUUUAAUUUAUCAAAGGGCUGUACCACAAUCAAGCAGCUGCUGUACUCUGAUGUGAUGCACAACAUCACUGCUGGGAUAAAAAUGUGUUACAUACCAGGAACAGCUGUCUUUUACAUACUUUUGCUCUGGCUGCUGCACCAAAUGGCCUACUUGUACAGGAUAAAAUACUACUUUUGGUACAAGGGUAAAAUAAAGAUUUUUCCAUAUACUGACA